AUGUACAAGGUCCGACCUAUUUUUGAUCACCUCAACAACUCUUUCAAACAAAUCAGUCCUGGGCCCACUAUUAGUAUCGACGAGAGUAUGAUUCCUUAUUACGGAAGGCAUGGGUGCAAACAGUUUAUUCGCGGAAAACCUAUCAGAUUUGGGUUCAAGUUAUGGGUUGCCGCGGAUCCAUCUGGAUACAUCCAUCAUGUUGAACCCUAUUGUGGAAGUUCAACUCGUCUUCCAGAAACUGGACUCGGUCAAGGAGGUGACGUAGUAAUUGGACUUGUAGACCACAUGAAAUUGUCAAAGGGUAUUCGACUCUACUUUGACAAUCUUUUUACAUCGGUUGGGUUGUUGGAAGAGCUUAGUUCUAGAGGACUUGGUGGAACUGGUACUCUGCGUGAGAAUCGCUGUAGUGUUUCAAUGAAACUUCCAGAUAAAAAAACGUGGAAAAAUAAACCCAGAGGUGAAACAUCCACCAGUUCUUCAGGAGAUAUUUUAGCAGUCCGUUGGAAUGACAACAAUGUUGUUACUGUACUUACUAAUUGUGAUAAUGUACAUCCUAUGUCAAAGUCAAACCGAUACUCCAGAAUUGAAAAGAAGGUCAUUUCUGUCAAAGUACCAGGUCCUAUUGCUCGUUACAAUAGUAACAUGGGUGGAGUAGAUCUUUCUGAUCAAUUUUUGGCUUCCUACCGAAACAGAAUCAGGUCGAAAAAAUGGUGGUGGCCUUAUUUCUCUUGGACUGUGGAUGUAUGCAGCACACAAGGUUGGUUACUGUAUCGUCGCCUUGGGCAUGAUAUUCCUCUAUUGGAUUUCAGACGUCAGUGUGCUAUUUUCAUUCUGAAGUCUUACGGCAGUCCUCCAAUGGUAGCAGGAGUUCGAUCAUCUCUAGAGUUCACACCAGCUCUCGAAGAAAUAAGAAAAGAUCGAACAGAUCAUUUCAUCGAAAAAGGUGAAUCCAAGUAUCGCCGUUGUAAAUUCACCCAGUAUACGUCCUAA